AUGAUGGUCUCUUUGUAGUGUCUCUGCCUGAACUGCUCCCUCAGGCUCUCCAUGAGCCCUUCAUGGCUGGACUGCGCCAUGCUGGGCGCCCAGGGCUUGACUUUCGAGUCGCUCUAUGGCUGGCUGGGCUGGGCUUAGCUGCUGCAACCAGCGCGACGCCGGCAGCGGACAGUCGGUCGCUCCUUCGCCAGGCCUAUCCGCCUUGACAAUUCCCUUCAGCGUUUGCGAACUCGGAUCAUGGCCAGCGACGAUCAGGUCAUUGAUUUUGCCGCAAUGGGCUUGCCCGCUUCGUUUGGCGGUGCGGCCACCAAGCCUGCAAAAGUGCCUGCGCCCAAGACAAAGAGCGACAAGUCUACGAAGAAGCGCAAGAUCGAUUCGCACAACAGACAGGAGCAUAGCAAGCGAUCGACCCAGCAUGCUGCAACGGGUGCUAAUGGGAUACAAGCUACACGAGGGCCGAAGGAAGCUUCAGUAGAGACGUCAGGGCAUGGAUCAGACAAUGACACAGCUGAGGCAGCGGUGCAAGCUCAGGACAGCACAGCAACAACGCCAGCAGCGUCGACUUCUUCGAGCGCGACGACGUACUGGGACGCCUUUGUGAUGCCGAGCAUGACUGGAGAUGCCUGGGCGCAUCUGUCCUGACAAGAGAAGCCAGUCUCUGUCUAUCCAUAUGAGCCUUCGAUUUGAAUACCGACAGAAGUGGUAUAAAGAUGCAUAGGCUCGCUCAACAACA